ACAGAUGAAAAGAAGCAAAGAAUUGAUAACUAAAAAUCAUAGUCAAGAGGAAACAAGUAUUCUUCGUUGUUGGAAAUGUAGAAAAUGUAUAGCAAGCUCUGGUUGUUUUAUGGAGUAUCUUGAGAAUCAAGUGAUUAAGGAUACAGAUGAUUCAGUUGAUGCUCAAAAUAUUUGCCAUGUGUGGCACAUGAAUAUAGAAGCCCUCCCAGAAUGGAUAAACUGCCUGAUCCAAAAAGCCCAGUGGACAGUUGGAAAACUGAAUUGCCCUUUCUGUGGGGCCCGUUUAGGGGGCUUUAAUUUUGUCAGCACUCCAAAAUGUUCCUGUGGCCAGCUUGCAGCUGUACAUCUCUCCAAGAGCCGGACCGAUUAUCAGCCAGCACAGGCAGGCGGACUAAUGAGACCAUCACUGAAAUACUUGUCACAUCCUAGAGUUCAGUCAGGUUGUGACAAGGAAGCUCUGCUGACAGGUGGUGGCUCUAAAAACAGAAAUCACAGGCUUUUAAACAUGGCCCGAAAUAAUAAUGACCCUGGAAGAUUAACAGAAGCACUCUGCCUGGAGGUGCGAUCAACAUAUUUUGAGAUGAAGAAUGAAAAACUGCUCUCCAAAGCAUCAGAACCAAAAUACCAGCUUUUUGUUCCCCAGCUUGUGACUGGCAGAUGCACUAGAAGAGCUUUUCAUAGAAAAUCACAUAGUCUGGAUCUGAACAUCAGUGAGAAACUGACUUUAUUACCCACUUUAUAUGAAAUACAUAGUAAGACUACUGCCUAUUCCAGACUAAAUGAAACGCAGCCUAUUGACCUUUCAGGCUUGCCUUUACAAUCUAGUAAAAAUAGCUGUUCCUUUCAGAAUCCAUCCAGUUUUGAUCCUAGUAUGCUGCUGCAAAGAUUUUCAGUGGCCCCCCAUGAGACCGAGACACAAAGAGGAGGAGAAUUUCAAUGUGGUCUAGAAGCUUCUUCAGUGUACUCUGACCAUACUAAUACUAACAAUCUGACUUUCCUGAUGGACCUGCCCUCAGCUGGCAGGAGCAUGCUGGAGGCCUCAGACCAGGAAGAGCACCUCUCCCCUCUGGACUUCCUGCACUCAGCCAGUUUUUCAUUGGGCAGCAUUAAUCAGAGGCUCAAUAAGAGAGAAAGGAGCAAGUUGAAGAAUCUAAGAAGGAAACAACGAAGGCGUGAAAGAUGGCUACAGAAACAGGGUAAAUACUCAGGAGUGGGAUUGCUGGAUCGUAUGGUAAGUAUGUAUUUACUUAUAUGAGAAAUUGUCAAAUUGUUUUCCAGAAUGGUUGUACAAUUUUGCAUUCCAAGCAGCAAAGAGUUCCAUUUGCUGUGUAUCCUUGAAAGCAAGCACUGGUAUUCUCAAUAUUUUAAAAUUUUAGUCAUUCAAAUAUAUAGACAUUUGUAUCACAUCAUGAUUUUAAUUUGCUUUUCCUUAAGGAUGCUGACCAUAUGUGCUUAUUUUCCAUUUUGUAUGUAUUCUUUAGUUAAGUGUCUUCAAAUCUUUUGGGUUGGUGUGGCAGCUCAUGUCUAUAAUCCCAGCAUUUUGAGAGGCCAAGGCAGGAGAAUUGCUUGAGUUCAGGAGUUCAAGACCAGGCUGGGCAGCAUCGCAAGACCUUAUCUCUAC